AUGCCUACUCCCUCCACUCAAGGCGCGAAAGCCAAGAAGAACAAGAAGAAGGCCGCGCAAGCCAAGGUGAAUGCCGAUGCCGAUGCCGACGCCGAGUCGGCAGGCGCUCCUGAACAACUCGAGGACGCCACCCAGGACGAUCCUGAUGGACCGGACGAGGGAAAAAACCCCUCUACCGAUGCCCCUCCACCCGAUGGUUGCGCGCUCGAUCAGUCUGCCAAUGACAACGUAUCCGGCGAUGUAUCUCGAAAGACUGAAGACAUCCACCCGGCGGUGACCGAGACCGAGACGGAGCCUGAGCCCAAUGACCGUUUCGAUGCGCUGGUUCGAGACCGAGACUGCCUACGGGCCGAAGUCACCGACAUGCGGAAAUCACUGGAGGAGAUCCAGACCAAACACCGUCUGGAAAUGGAGGCCCUACAGCAGAAACUGGACGAUACAGAGUCCAAGAAGGAACAGGCAGAAACCCAGUUCCAGAAGCUGUUGGAGCGGGUGAAUAUUAUCAAAUCUCAAUUGGGAGAGCGACUCAAGGAGGAUGAGGAGGAAUUGACCCAAGCGCGAUCCCAGAUCGAGGAACUCGAGGAUGAGAAUGCAAGCUUAAAGUCACAGCUCGAAUCCAAAUCAACGGAAUUUGCGAACCUCUCCAACGAAUCAGCACAGCAAGUUAAAGAGAUCGCUACAAUUCGAGACCGGACAACCCUCUCCCAGCAGAAUUGGCUGAAGGAGCGACAAGAAUUGAUCGAGCAGGAGUCCUAUCUGCAAUCCGAGUUUGAACAGGCCAAGGAAGCCAUGCACAACUGGGAAGUACUUGCAAUGGAGGAACGGUCAAUCCGGGAGAAUCUGGGCGAGAAGGUCGUUGAUCUCGAGGAGCAGCUUGGCAACCUCCGCGAUGCCUACGAAAAGGCUACAAAUGAACGCGAUACCCAGCAAUCUACCGUCGACGGUCUGCAACGGGCACUGCAGGAGAUCCAAUCAGCACGGAAACAGGAGCUCCGUGAGCUGGUAGAAAGCUCAGAUACACAGCUGGAGGAGUUAAGAGGAUCGCUCCGAGAGGCACAGCAACAAGCCACCGAUGCGGACAAGAAUAUUAAGGCCGCACAAGAAGAAUUGGAUCGAGUGCGCCCAUUCGAGAAGGAGGUGAAAGAGAAGAAUCUUCUCAUCGGAAAGCUGCGUCAUGAAGCAGUCACGCUGAACGACCACCUUACCAAGGCCUUGCGAUUCCUCAAGAAGGGGAAGCCGGAAGAUAAUGUGGACCGCCAUAUUGUUACCAAUCAUUUACUGCAUUUUCUUGCGUUGGACCGAUCGGACCCCAAGAAGUUCCAAAUCCUGCAACUCAUAGCAGCCCUCUUGGGCUGGGAUGAUGAACAACGAGAGCAAGCUGGGCUCGCUCGACCAGGUACGUCAAGUAUGCCUGGUAAGCUUCGGGUGCCCGGAACUCCCCUACGGACUCCUAGUACACCCAACCUGGCCGAAUUCAUGGACAAUGGAGUCUCUAGCAAGGAAACGCUAGCGGAGCUAUGGUCCAAUUUUUUGGAGCAGGAAGCAGAGGUGGGCAACCUGAACGCGAUGAGACGAGGAAGUCACCCAGGACCUGCUAAAUCAUAA